AUGAGUAACACCGGCACCUGGGCGAAAGAGUACUAUGAUGGCUCGCUGCUCUAUCCCGAUCACCGCACAGUUCUUGUUCAUAAGUUAGUCAACCCUACUUUGGCUGAAUCCUUCAUUUUCUCCACGGAAGCAUGGCACGCACAAUGGAAAGGAUAUCUCAACCCGAAAGGGUCCUACGUACUCUUUGAAAAGGGUGAUUUGAACCAGUUGGGAUUUUCAUGCUCUGAUCCCAAUUCCGAUUUGUUUCUACCGCUCCAAUUUCUGGUGGAUUUGAGUAACAAGCAGUAUGACUGGAACACCGGAUAUAAACCCAAAGACUCGAAUAAUAACGACUUGUACGGCAUCAUAGAUACCGCGAACUCGUUUCGAUCAGUUGACCCUAAAAAUGGCCUGACUCUACUCAUUAACCCUGUCGGGGCACAAAAUGGCAUCACAAAUGGCCAAGUAGUGAAUGCUUUUAAGCGUGUCACUACUCAAAUGAUGUUCAAUACAACCUAUAUCUACGAGCCUGAGGCGGGAAAGACAUUUGCUGACUAUACAUUGCUAUGGACAAGCCCAUUCUCUCUUUAUGAGACCUGGAUACGUACUGAUGAAAUCUUGUCAAAUAUUGAAGAAGAUCGACCAUUCCCUCAGGGAUCUGUCUCUGUUGGGACUACACUAACAGAAUGGGCCAAGGGCGUUUACAAAGUAGCCCAGAAAACUCCAUCGGAUCCCGUUGCUCAAAUCGGAUUAACUUACGAACAAUUCCUUGCCGGGGUUAAACAAGGCGCCGGAACGCCUACUGCAAUCAAUGCCGACAAGAUUGAAGAAGCCAUAGGGAAGCGCAAAGAGGUAAAACCCCAGAAAUCGGCAAUGGGAGGCCUGUCUGCCACCGACUGGCUUCAUCUGAUUGCUUUUUCUUUCGGUGGGAUAGGAGCGGGUAAUAGUUAUCAUCACAGUCAGCUUUCGUUAAACUUCAUAUUCGGCACUGCUGAGUGCAAUUCACUCAUGUAUAGAUACGAGAGCAGCUGGCAGGUUCUAUACAAAUACGAGGCAGAACUAAGAAAGCUUUCUCAAAAGGCUGGGCCUCAAGGACAAGUCCAGGCUCAAAUCAACGAUGGCCUCACUGUCAAGCCAUUACACCCCCCAAGUGGCGCUCAGUGGAUAUUCGGAAACAACCCAAAUGGCCUGCAUGAAACGCUAGCAAAGAGUUUCCCCUGGCUUUGCUACGCGCUGCGAUACCAUAUCACCAUGGAAGAAUGCUUGGUUUUUAGCAAAGCCAAUACAUUUGAUCAAGUGGUGGAUUUCUUUCCCUUUACUCGUCCUUUCUUUACAAAGGCAGAGGCUUUAGUUGAUAGGUUUCUACUUGAUGAGCUCUACUACAAGUGA